CGCGUGUGUUCCAAGUGUACAGCAUCAGAAGGAGGAAUGAGCGUAACCUGGAUUUCCCAAAAUACCCCUGAGUGACAUGACAUUUUUCCAAUUCUACCCCUGGUUUACUACAUCCCUAUUUAAACCCGAAAGCCCCUUCGGUUCACAAUUACCACCAACUGCACUCUCUCUCCCUCCCACCACCUUCUCGCAUACGCAGUCACAAUCACAUGGGCCUCAACUCGAACCGAGUCGAUCACUAUUCGGGUUCGGGUCAUGCAAAUCAAGGGCUCACAUCAACUGCUCCGGCGACGAUAACAGUUCCCGGAGAAACAAUGAGGUCGCUGGAGUUGCACAAUGUUUGUUUGCCGCCACAAAAAACCACCUUACAGAAACUCAGGCAUCGGUUAUCGGAGGUCUUCUUCCCCGAUGAUCCACUCCAUGGAUUCAAAAACCAAUCGCGUUUUCGAAAACUGAUUCUCGCUCUUCAAUACUUCUUUCCGAUCUUCGAAUGGGCGCCGAAUUACAAUCUUACACUCCUCCGUUCCGACGUAGUUUCCGGUCUUACCAUUGCUAGCCUCGCGAUCCCUCAGGGGAUUAGCUAUGCGAAACUUGCGAACUUGCCUCCAAUAAUCGGGCUAUACUCAAGCUUUGUGCCACCGUUGAUCUACUCUGUGCUUGGGAGUUCAAAGCAUCUAGCGGUGGGGCCAGUGUCAAUAGCGUCACUUGUGAUGGGAACGAUGUUAAACGAAGCAGUUCCAUACAACAAAGAUCCAGUUCUUUACCUUAAGUUGGCUUUCACUGCUACUUUCUUUGCUGGUGUCUUUCAAGCAACUUUAGGUCUUCUCAGGUUAGGGUUUGUUAUCGAUUUCUUAUCGAAAGCGACCCUUGUUGGUUUCAUGGCUGGGGCAGCUGUUAUUGUAUCUUUACAACAACUGAAAGGGCUGCUUGGGAUUGUUCAUUUCACUACCAAAAUGCAAAUAAUUCCCGUUUUAACCUCUGUCGUUCAACACAGAAAUGAAUGGUCUUGGCAAACCAUUGUUAUGGGGUUUUGCUUCUUGGGCUUUUUACUUGCCACGAGACAUAUUGGAUUACGAAAACCGAAGCUGUUCUGGAUAUCAGCUGCAGCACCAUUGGCGUCGGUGAUUCUGUCGACUCUUUUGGUCACUCUAUUCAGAUCAAAACUCCAUGGGAUUGCAACUAUCGGUCACUUGGAAAAGGGAUUAAAUCCACCAUCAUCAAACAUGUUGUAUUUUCACGGCGAGUUUCUCGGAGUCGCCAUCAAAACAGGGAUCAUCACCGGAAUACUAUCUCUAACCGAAGGAAUUGCGGUGGGAAGAACAUUUGCCUCUUUGAAUGACUACCAGGUGGAUGGAAAUAAAGAGAUGCUCGCCAUUGGGGUGAUGAACAUGGCUGGUUCUUGCACAUCUUGCUAUGUCACCACGGGAUCGUUUUCCCGAUCUGCUGUGAACGCGAACGCGGGUGCUAAAUCUGUAGUCUCCAACAUCAUCAUGGCAUCAACGGUUUUGAUUACGCUCUUGUUCUUGAUGCCUCUGUUUCACUACACACCUAACCUAAUACUCGCUGCAAUCAUCAUAACCGCUGUGAUUGGACUAAUGGAUUACCAAAGCACAAUCCGACUAUGGAAAGUGGACAAACUUGAUUUCGUGGCUUGUUUGUGUUCGUUUUUUGGUGUGCUCUUCAUUUCGGUUCCAAUUGGUCUUGCAAUUGCGGUUGGGGUUUCGGUGUUUAAGAUUUUGUUGCAUGUGACAAGACCGAAUACAGGUGUUUUGGGGAAUAUUCCGGGGACUCAGAUAUACCAGAAUGUGAAUAGGUGGAUAAGAGAAGAAGAGGAGUUGUUAGCAGCUAAUAAUGGGCCUUCUUUGAAAUGUGUUAUUAUCGAUAUGACUGCUGUGACAGCUAUUGAUACAAGUGGUUUGGGAAUGGUGAAGGAGUUGAAGAAGAUGUUAGAGAAGCGAUCACUUCAGUUGGUGUUGGCGAAUCCUGGAGGGAGUGUGAUGGAGAAGCUACACCAAUCAGAGAUAUUGGAGUCGUUUGGGUUGGAAGGAGUGUACCUAAGUGUUGAUGAAGCUGUGGCAGAUAUAUCAUCAGCAUGGAAAGCUGAAGCUUAAGAAGUUGGCAUGCAUGCAUGGGGUUUCUUGUAUUUUAGUUUGCAGGGUAGGAGUCAGGAGAAGAGACAGGGUACUAAGACUUACUACUGCUUAAUGCUAAAGCGGUAUGUAUGUGCUUAGUAUGUAUGUAAGAGUCACAAGCUAUAAGCUGUUUUCGUAUCAAAAAAAAUUAUAUUAGUCUUUUGCUUAUUUCCAUAAUCCAUAUAACUAUCACAAGGAAGGAAAUUUUAAUUUUUAAAGAAUUUAUAAAAAGAAGCAU